GCUCGACUGAACUCAACAGGAUUUCCUAUUUGUUUUACCCCACCAUAACUCGCUAUCCAUUUUAUCAAUGAUAUAUACAGUGAAUAAAAUAUACGAACGGAGAAAAGAAGUGAUUAUAUUGGAAACAUCAAAAUAAAAGACCGCUAAAUUAUUGCACUGAUGUCCUUGAUACAUUACACAAGUCAGAAAAGAUUCUUAUGAUAAAUGUCAGUAAUUAAUUAUGGUGAAAUAAAUUUAUGUUAGACCAAAGUAACAGUAAUAAUAUACUUUAACAGUUAAACAUACACAAGUACAAAAUGUCUGGAAGGGAACGUGGUUUAUUUCGAUUAAUCUGGAAAAAUUUUGUUGCAUCUGUAACAUCUAAAUCUAAAAAAUCAAGUUUAAUUGGAGAAGAUUACUAUGGUACUAAGUAUUAUGAAGUGUCAAAUAAAACUGAUUCCUUUAACAGGCCAUCUCGAUAUUUUGUUCCUGUAAAUAAAGAUGAUCAUGAGCAAGAAAUACCUGCAGAAUGGGAAGCAUGGUUAAGAAAUCGUAGAAAAGAUCCUCCAACAGAAAAAGAAUUAAAAGAAAGUUAUCAAUUGGCAAUGCUUAAAAAAGAAAAUGCUGCAAAAAUAGAAGCAAAGUUUUCAGCUGCUAGAUUAGAAGCAUCAAAUUUGCCAACAGUAAAAAAGGGAUAUGAAUCGUUCCCACAGUAUGAAGAAUACAAAAACCAUGGAGAAAAUUAUAAAAUAAAGUAUCCAAAAUAACAUAAA